UUAAAUACACAAUUGAUUUUGUAUUCAACAAGGUGGGUGCAUUUAGGAAUACUAAAUUCUGAAUUGAAAAUUCGAACUCAUUUAAAGUUAGCAAAGUUGGUUUAUCUUUUUUUUCCUUUUUUUUUAUUCCUCCAUGAAAUUUCGGGACAAGUACCCCAAUCCUUUAAUUAACAAUAACGGACUUAUCUUUUAGCGGCUGUGCUAUUUUUAAAAUACAGUGAUAGUGAUAACAAUCGGCAUGAGAAAAAAUGUAUGAAACUUUUUUUUGAAAUAUUAACGAACGUUACUGCAGUCGACCAUUAACUUUCGAAGGACCUUAAGUUGGUACGAAAAUUCCAGAUAUAAUCUUGUCGGACGUCGUCGUGUCGAUAAAAAGUGAAAAUCUUAUCCACAUUCGCGGGAAACUGGAAACGCGUGGGUCGACGUUCGCAACUAGGACUUCGGAGAAAAUAUUUUUGACGAUCCUCCUUAGACUUUAGACUUAAGCCACGCUGUUCACACGACGUCUCAGUUGGCAGGUGCCGAUUUCCGAAGUGUAUCCGUUUCGCGUUUGUAGGAAAAACAUGACGGACGUCUUGUAAAUAGCGUCCCAAGAGUAAUUUACUGUCAUGGACAUCUCCGUCGGUUAUUUCAGUGUUUUCCUCGUUCUGUGUUUGAUCGUUUGUUAUUUUGCAAGGACCAGACUUCAGGCGGGCAACAGUUUGUCACCGACCAAACCACAAUUGGGCGACGACUGUCUGCCCCCGUCCACACCGCGGUUGGUCGCCGAUCGUUUGCCCCCGUCCACACCGCGGUUGGUCGCCGAUCGUCUGCCCCCGUCUACGCCGCGGUUGGUCCCCGUCACCGUUCCGCGAGUCCGGCAGCCCGGGGGAUCCGCUAGAAUCACCUCCAAGUUCCAAGUGUCGGUAAAUCCAUUCACGCCGACCGGUAUUGCGAUUUUAAAAAACCGGAAGAAACGCGCUCACGGAUCGAACAAAGACAGCAUCGCCGGUCCCGAGGUCAGUGACCACCGCUUCGGACAGUGCACACCGCCAGACAACAAGUCCCCUGCUCUCGUCCACCCGUCCAUCGUCAGACAUCUGGUGAACAGCGGCCAGGUGACCAACGUCAGUAUACGCGAAUUACAGACGUCUCGAUUCAACGAAGAGUUUAAAGUAGACGAGUUCAUCGCCACCGGUAGCUUCGGCGUCAUAUACAAGUGCACAAAUUUGUUGGACGGGGCAACUUACGCGAUUAAAAAAAUCAAACAGACAAUGCACAAGAGCCCUGAGCAUUUGGUCCGCAAGGAGGUGUACGCAAACUCGGUGUUAGGUCGACAUCCAAACUUGGUCUCAUACUUCACAGCCUGGUUCGAGAGGGGUCACAUUUAUAUUCAAACGGAGUUCUGUCACGGCGGCACCCUGGAACGCAUGAUACACGAGUCUGAUCAUGUGUUCUGCGACAAUACCCUGAGACAAUUGUUGUGGCAUGUGUGCAAUGGCUUGGCUCACAUUCAUUCCAUAAAACUUGCUCAUUUGGACAUAAAAGCAUCCAACAUACUGAUAUGUAAAACAAAUGGGGCAUUGUUGUUUGCCAAUAGUCUAGUUGACGAAGAUGACAUAGUUGACAAACAUAUUGUUUACAAGAUUGGUGACUUUGGACAUACAAUAUGUGUCGAAGAUGUCCGAAAUAUUGAGGAAGGAGACUCUCGUUAUUUACCUAAAGAACUAUUACGUGACGAUUAUUCUCAGCUGCAGAAAGUCGAUGUGUUUUCUACUGCGCUUACAGUUUACGAGGCAGCAACUCGCAAACAUUUACCUAAAAAUGGACCAGAAUGGCAUCGUCUGAGAAAUGGUGAAUUUUCGUUACCUCAAACUAUAUUUUUGAGUACAAGCCUUGAAAAAUUGCUGAAAAAAAUGGUAAACUUAGAUCCUACUAAUAGGCCUAGUGCUUCUGAAGUAGUUAAUCUUUUGCUCAAUAGAGGAAUGGCAGCAAGAAUAGAUCCAGAUGAAAUGGAAGUAUUUAAAUUAAGUGCUCAAUACCUUUUACCUUGGACAAUCGAUUUAAAACCACCAAGAACAACACUAUCGGGUAAAAGUACCUUUAUUUAUACAGACUGUCAAUUAUAAGAAACACAAGACCUAUUGAACAGGAAAUGGAAAUAUUUAAUCAUAUUUAAUCUAUAAUGUUGAACUAAUUGAUUUUAAAAAAAAUGUAAUAUAGAGCUAUAAUUUUUAUUUCUCUAUUUAAUUUA